CUGAGACCAAAGACAAGCACACAGAAGAAAGAAAUUCAUAAAGAUUUGGAACACCUCGAAGUAUAUCUUCAUAUUCUAGUAUGGAGAACAAAACAGAAGCAUUUCAGCAACAAGAACCUCUCCUCAAAAGAAAUCCUGAACGCCUGCUUUGCUCUGAUCACAGUCUGGUAUUCAUUUGCAAGUCACCUCCUAGUGAAGGUGGUUUACAAUCAGUAGACAGCCAGCAGCCUCUUCAGGUCAAACUGCCAUCGCAGUGUAACGUCCACCAGCUUCGUGUACGCCUGUGCAUGUUAGCGCAGGAGACGAACCGAUAUCCUGAUCCAUUUGCGCUUCUGGACCCAGAGCGAUACAGCUUGUUGUACCUUAAGGAUGAAGAGUGCUAUGAAAUCUAUGAUGACUUUCAGGUAUUGCGAACUUUGGAUGCACCCUGGUCUCAGAGUGCCGAUGGUCUACAGACCCUCAGUGUCACUGUGCUGGCUCAUAAGGCUGCAUCUGAGGAGAGAAUGAGCUUCCAGUGCAUUCUGAAUGAGCUGAUUGGAUAUGAUUUAGAUUCAGAUAUUAAUCGUUUAAGUGAACCUUGCUUUGCCAGAAGAAAGUUUGCGACACCGAGAAGGGAAGAGCUAAAAAAACGGGAUCCUGUAGCAUAUGCCACUGAACCGUGGACGACUUCUGCGGCACUUCCUAUGGACCACCAAGAUCAAUGCAAACUGUCUGUGAGUGUUUAUCAUAAAAAAUCAAGCUUUUCUGUUCAAGUUAGCAUAAGACAUACUCCCAGUGAUCUCCUUAAGAUCGCAUGGAAAUCAUUGGCCGUGAUAGACCAUUCAUUUGAAAGAUGGUCUAUGGAACAUGUUCUUAAGGUGUGUGGUAGAGAAGAGUACUUAAGUGGAGAUUUCCCGCUUUCAGACUUCCUGUGGGUCAGACACUGCCUGAAAAACACAUUGGACCUACAUCUCUCAGUGGUUCCUGUCUCAUUUCUUCCGGACGACACAGUAGGACAAGAGUACUGGCCGCUGGUGGACGCUCUUACUGGUCUGUCAGAUUCCCAUGAGGAACUUUCUGUGACCGGAAAGGAAGUAGAAGAAAUUGUAACGAUUUCUCUGUGGGACUGCGAGAGAAAAUUUAGAGUGAAACUCGUGGGGUUUGACAUUGCAGAGCUGCCAAGUAAAGUACCGCAGUUUGUUCAUGUGGAGGCCACUAUAAUCUACGGCAGCAAGAUUGUGUCGUUAGUUCGUUCGGCUUCCAAAGAGUUCACAGAUGAAGUGCUCUGGAACACCUGGCUGGACUUUGAUAUUCUCAUUAGAGAUAUCCCUCACGGAGCAAAAUUAGGCUUCACGAUUAAUGCCGGUGCCGUGGAUAGCUCCUCAACCAAGGCAACGAAGACAAAUUCUUCGAAACUUCCAGAGUACCGGAAGGAAAAGGGGAAAGUGUUAUAUUUUGUAAACCUCCAAUUAAUUGACCACAGAUCUCUUCUUAGCCAGGGCAUUCACACGUUGCAUAUGUGGCCAUUCCCUGAAGUAGACGAGGAGGCGUUUACUUAUAAGGCUGAGAAGCUUUCGACUGCCACCAACCCUGAUAUGGCCAAAUCUAUGGCAAUUACUUUCAUGUUGGAUCGCUACAGCUUUCCUUUGGUACUGCCCAAUAGUGGUACUUUUGCACAUGGUAGUGGUACCUCUACUGUAUCUGAUUCCUCAGAAUCUGGAAAACAUUCCCUCAAGUGGGUCAAAGAGGAGAGCGUUCACUAUGCCUCAAAUUUACCCCAGUUUCUUCGCAAAGUGGAUUGGAUGCAGCCGGGUGCUGUCCAGGAUGUCCAUUGGCUCCUGAGUCACUGGGAGCCAGAGGACAUAGAGCUAUCUGUGGCCCUUGAGCUUCUUAAUGUAGAUUACGCAGAUAUUAAGGUCAGAAGGUUGGCUGUCCAAAGGUUAGAGAUGCUUUCCAAUGAAGAUGUGCUUAAGUACCUGCUUCAGCUGGUUCAGACCCUUAAAGUCGAACCGUAUCACAACAGCUGUCUGGCACAAUUCCUCCUCAGUAGAGCUCUAAGGAGCAAAAGAAUCGGACAUUUCUUUUUCUGGUACUUGCGGAGUGAGGUGGCAGGAUGCCCGUUUUUUCGUCAGCGCAUGGCUGUCAUACUGGAGGCCUACCUGUUAGGCUGUGGAAAGGCCAUGUUGGAAGAGUUUCAGCUUCAGGUACAAGCUGUCAAGUGCUUGCAUGAUGUAGCCUUAACAGUGAAAAGCCUCUAUCCGGACAAGACAGAUCUUCCACCAACAGCUCCUCGCAAGCUCCAGGAUCUAUUGGAGGCGUGCGGUUUACCUUCUGACUUCCAGGUACCUUUUGAUCCUCGUGUCAGAGCUGGAAGCAUAAUACUCAGAGAUUGUAAAGUGUUGGCAUCAAAGAAGAAGCCGCUUUGGCUUGAGUUCUCCUGCAUACAUUCAGAAGCUCCAGCAAUCCCUCCGGUAGGCAUCAUCUUUAAACACGGAGAUGACCUCCGACAGGACAUGCUCAUCAUCCAGACACUCAUGGUGAUGGACUCCAUUUGGCAGGAAAAGGGUUUAAACUUGAAUCUAGUGCCUUAUGGAUGCAUUUCAACAGGAUAUAACAUAGGUAUGAUUGAGAUUGUAAGAAAUGCAGUCACUAUCGCUUCUGUCCAGAGGAGUCAGGGGGGCAUGGCGGGGGCAUUCAAAAACAAUGCCCUGUAUGACUGGCUUGAGAGGAAAUGCUCAUUACAGGAAAAUCACUUUCAGGCUAUGGAGAAGUUUGUGAACUCGUGUGCUGGGUACUGUGUGGCCACAUAUGUGCUGGGUAUUGGCGACCGCCACAAUGACAACAUCAUGAUCACUGAUCAAGGGAAUUUGAUCCACAUUGAUUUUGGACACAUCUUGGGACAUACCAAGAGCUUCAUGGGGGUAAACAGAGAAAGAGUCCCCUUUGUUCUUACCCCUGACUUCCUCUACGUUAUGGGCAGGGUAAAAGGUCGUCCUAGCCUCUACUUCCAGAGAUUCAGGGACACCUGUAUCAAUGCUUAUCUUUCCCUGCGCUCUCAGUCUCGCCUGCUUGUCACGCUCUUUUCGCUCAUGCUGCUCACUGGAAUUCCUGAGCUUAGCACGUCGCAGGACAUGCGUUACCUGACUACAGCGCUGCAGCAGGAUCAAGUGGAGGAUGAGGCUCGGAAACACUUCCUACAGCAGAUUGCCCUCUGUGAGCAAAAAGGUUGGACUGUGCAAGCGAACUGGUGGUUUCACAUGAUGGCUGGAAUUAAAUAAAAUGUAAUUAGCAUAUAAAACCUGAAAAUGUAAAAAAGAUCACAAAAAAUGUAUUGUGUAAAAAAGAUGACGCAUUCAAAUCUAUACAAUUUUAGUCAAUUACACAAAAUAUUGUUAUUUCUAUUGUACCCACUUUUUAUUUAAGCCUAUAAGAUCCCCUUUGAAACAUUUGUAUGGAUCUUAUGGGUUUGUACAAAAUCCAAACUUUUUGGUUUUAUUAAAAACAGCUUUUAUCUUGUU